GUUUACGUUCAGUAGAAAGCGCGCGCGUGGACUAUUUUACCGAUGUCCUUGCUACGUUUCUGAGCCUUGAUCGUGGUAGUAUCUUGCCGUCUAUGGAGGGUCAGAGAGCUUUUCUGAAUUGAACAAAAAUAUCUUAAUUUGUAUUGCGAAGAUGAACAAAGGUCUUACGACAUGGUGAUCUAUGUGACACGCUAUUAUAAAGAUGGCAUUUAUUAAAGAGGAGAGUGAAGACAUGAAGAUUGAAGAAACAUUCAGAGUCAAACAUGAAGAUACUGAGGAACAAACAAAGAUGGAAUUUAUUAAAGUGGAGAGUAAAGACAUGAAGAUUGAAGAAACAUUCAGAGACAAACAUGAAGAUACUGAGACACAAACAGACCUGAAGACACUGAAAGAGGAGAGUCAAGAGCUCAAUGAAAAGGAAGAUAAUGUUCAGCAUGAGAAAUAUGAUUUCAUUACUGGAGAAAAUUCAUUUAGUUGCUCACAUACUGAAAAGACUAUACAAAAAAGAGCUCAGAAGACAGCGAAUAGAAGUUAUUUCACCUGCCAACAGUGCGGGAAAAGUUUCAACAGAAAAGGAACCCUUAAAGGCCACAUGAGAAUUCACACUGGAGAGAAACCUCACACAUGUUCUCAAUGUGGAAAAAGUUUUAAACAUAAACAACACCUCGAUGAUCACAUGAGAAUUCAUACUGGAGAGAAACCUUUCACCUGCCAACAGUGCGGGAAAAGUUUCAACAGAAAAGGAACCCUUAAAGGCCACAUGAAAAUUCACACUGGAGAGAAACCUUUUACGUGCAAACUGUGUGGAAAGAGCUUCGUUCAAAAACCAAACCUUAAAAGCCACAUGAGAAUUCACACUGGAGAGAAACCUUACAGAUGUUCUCAAUGUGGAAAAAGUUUUACAUAUAAACAACACCUCAUUGACCACAUGAGGAUUCAUACUGGAGAGAAGCCUUUCACCUGCAAACUGUGUGGAAAGAGCUUCAUUCAAAAACCAAUACUUAAAAACCACAUGAGAAUUCAUACUGGAGAGAAACCUUACACAUGUUCUCAAUGUGGAAAAAGUUUUGCAUAUAAACAACAGCUCGAUGACCACAUGCAAAUUCAUACUGGAGAGAAACCUUUCACCUGCCAACAAUGUGGAAAGAGCUUCACUCAAAAAAGAACCCUUAAAGACCACAUGAGAGUUCACACUGGAGUGAAGCCUUACACCUGCAAACUGUGUGGAAAAAACUUCAUUCGAAAACCAAACUUUAAAUACCACAUGAUAAGUCACAGUGGAGAGAAACCUUACACAUGUACUCAAUGUGGAAAAAGUUUUAAACAUAAACAACACCUUGAUGCCCACGAGGGAAUUCAUACUGGAGAGAAACCUUUCACUUGCCAACAAUGUGGAAAGAGUUUCACUAGAAGAGGAAACCUUAAAAAACACAUGAAGAUUCACACUGUAGAGAAGCCGUUUACCUGCCAACAGUGUGGAAAGAGUUGCAACAGAUUUGGAGACCUUAAAUCCCACAUGAGAACUCACACUGGAGAAAAGCCUUACACAUGCCAGCAAUGUGGAAUAGGUUUUUCUCUUAAAGUAACUCUUAAAAGGCACAUGAGAAUUCAUGCUGGAGAAAAGCCUUACACAUGCCCUCAAUGUGGAAUAAGUUUUACUCUUAAAGAAACUCUUAAAAGGCACAUGAGAAUUCACUCCGGAGAAAAGCCUUACACUUGCCAUCAAUGUGGAAUAGGUUUUACUCUUAAAGAAUCUCUUAGAAGGCACUUGAAAAUUCACACUGGAGAAAAGCCUUACACCUGCAAGCUAUGUGGAAAGAGCUUUAUUCGGAAAUCAAGCCUUAAAAACCACUUAAAAAUUCAUUCUGGAGAGAAGCCUUAUACAUGCUCUCAAUGUGAAAGGAGUUUCACACAUAAGAACAAACUUGAUGUCCACAUGAGAAUCCACACCGGAGAGAAACCUUUCACCUGCAAACUGUGUGGAAAGAACUUCACUCGAAAAACAAGCGUUAAAAACCACAUGAGAAUUCAUACUGGAGAAAAGCCUUACACAUGUUCUCAAUGUGGAAAAAGUUUUACAUGUAAACAACAUCUCGAUGUCCACAUAAGAAUUCAUACUGGAGAGAAACCUUUCAAUUGCCAACAAUGUGGAAAGAGUUUUACUGAACUAGGAAGCCUUAAAAAACACAUUAAGAUUCACACUGGAGAGAAGCUGUUUACAUGUGAUCACAAUUUCUGAUGUAAAGUAACACUUUGAUGUGUACGAUCACACUGGUGUGACUGGAAUGUUCAGCGUGUCAUGUGAUUAACUGCUAAAUUCAUGUCUGCUUUUGUGCUUUGGCUGAUUCUGAGCCAGAUGCGCUCAGUGUUUGUCAUAUUUCACAACUAAACCAAACAUUUUUAGCAGAUUUCUUAAAAUGGGCAAAAGGUCAAUUUCAAAAGGAGCACUCAGUAUUUUGUGUACCAGCAGCUGCUUUAAGUACUAAGUGCUAAAAGUACUGAUUUUAUACAGCAGUUUAAUAAACAAGAAGUUAAUAGUAAGUGACCUACAAGAACACUAUUGUCUGAUUUUGCUCUUUGUCAACAAAAAUGGUUCCAAACAAAGUCGCAGCUAAAUUGCUGCGCAUCUCCAUGGAAACACAGUGUCAUUCAUUCGUUAAUGAAUGAAUCUGCAUUUUUAAUGUAUUUAGCGAGUCAAUGUUUGAACGAAUCGAUUGAAAGAAUAAGUCAGUGAUAAAGAUGGUCCCUUUUACUUUCAUUUUAAAGUAUCAUUUCAGUUAUUAGAAUCAUUUCAUAUUUCUAUAUUCACAAACAUUGUUAUGAAUUUAAAUGCACUCAAUCAGGGCCGGAGUGGGACUCAUUUUCAGCCCUGGAGUUUCAUGCCCACUGUAGUUCAUAACUGACUAUAUUAAAAUAAUGUAUAUAAGUCUGCAAUAGUGCACUGUUCUCUACAGCCUUGCAAUUCAUUGCAUUUUUCAAGAGCUUUUGUUUUGAUGUAAAAAUCUUAACUUCAGAAAUGGAAAAUAUGGGACACAUUAUGGUACAGUACAAAUAUUUUAAGUGUCCCUUAUUCUAUGUAUGUCUGCCCGCAGUUAAAAAGUUCCCAGAAAAAGACACAUUUGUUUUGCUUAACCUAUUUAUGUACAAUUAUUAAAAAAAAAAAAAAAAAUCUAAUGUAAUACAAAAAAAUGCAUGAGUAAAUUGUACCAUUAUAGAAUUGUGACUGCACAAGUAGCUAGUUUAGUAAUUACUAGUACAAUUCAUUACUAAUGUAGUAAUGAAAAUACUGUGAAAUUAUAUACAUACAAAUGGCAUGAAAUUUGAAAGCAUAACAACUGAAUGUCUAUGAAACGUCAGUCAAUAAAGCAUUUUUUAAACAAUGGCACUUACAUUUUUUAACUACAAUUUUAUUGCAACCAUAGCCUAUGAAUGAAAGAAAAAUGCAUAUUUCUCAAAGAAAACGUAGAGAGUGUGGGCUGUUUCUGCUGCUUGAAUUCAUACUUUAAUAAUGAGGUCCAAGUUUAAAAAUAUGCUAGAAGUCCCCCUUCUCAAGCUAUUUAACAGCAUUGAAUGUUGGGCUCAUGAGUUUAGAUGCAGAGAAAACCUUUGACUCCGUGAGAUGGAGGUAUUAGCAAAAUUUGGAUUUCACAAGAAUUUUACUGGAAUAAUUAAAACGUAUGAUAAGCGUUAUGCAAGGAUUAAAAUUAAUGAAGGGUUAUCAGAUCCAUUUAAAUUAGAGCGGGGCACAAGGCAGGGGUGCCCCAUUUCACCACUUCUUUUUGCCUUAUUUAUUGAAACAUUGAGCCAAUGGAUUACGCAAAACCAUUCAAUUAAAGGAUUGGAUAUGGGGUCCGGAGAGCAUAAAUUAGCCCUCUUUGCUGACGAUAUAUUGAUAUAUAUGUGCCAACCUACAAAGUCACUUCCUAUACUAUUUAACUUCCUUGAGGGGUAUGACGCCAUAUCUGGUUAUAAACUGAAUGUCUCAAAAACCCAAGUAUUAACAUUUAAUUAUGAUCCACCUAGACAAAUUACAGAGAAAUAUAAUUUAAAAUGGGAUACAAAAUCAAUUAUUUAGGAGUAAAUUUGUCUGGAGACCAUUCAAAAUUAUUUGAUUUAAAUUACAGUCCCUCUAAUAAAAAAAAAAAAUCUGAUUCAUUACAUUGGAACAAAGCUGAUUCAGUGCGGAUGAUCAUUCUACCAAAAUUAUUAUACUUAUAUCGGACACUUCCUGUAGAAAUUUUGAAUCAACAAUUUACAGAAUGGAAUAAAUUAAUAUCUAGAUUUUUAUGGCUGGGUAAAAAAACCCCAGAAUAACAUUUAAAACAUUACUAUUAAGUAAAGAGAAAGGUGGGUUAGGCCUCCCAUGCUUACAACAAUAUUAUUAUGCAGCCCAAUUAAGGCCAUUGGUCUGCUGGAGCAUUCCAGUAUAUUCGGCAAGAUGGAUUGAAAUAGAAAGAAAACAAACCCAUGGAUCAAUUUAUUAUUUAAAAUUUGGCAUCAAGCAAAGAAAAUGGGUGGUUUGGAAGAUGCAUCAAAUUUUUAAGAUGUGAGUUUCCCCACUUAGAUACUGAUUUCCCAAACAGAAUAGAUGACCGACUUUGAAUCUGGGCUAAACUAGGAAUUUCAAAUUAUUAAAUUUUUCAACAAGGGCAAAAUUCAAAGCUUUGAAUCACUAAAGUAAAAAUAUGUGCUUAAUCAAAGUGACUUCUAUAGAUAUCUUCAAGUAAAACACUAUAUUGAAUGUGAAUAUCAAACCAGAAAUAUUGAAAAUCACUGAGACGGGGAUAAUAAAAGUGUUCUUAUCAGUAUCUAAGGCUCAAUCAUGUAAGGAAGCUAACCACUACCAUAUUUUUGGGAGGUGUCAGAAACUAACCCCAUAUUGGCAAGAGAUUAAAAGGAAUCUGGAAGCUGUUUUUGAAGUAGAGAUUGUUUUAAUUGUGGAUCUCUAUUUUUGGGUACAUACAUUGGGGAAAAAAUUAUUUGAUCUCCUGCUGAUUUUGUACGUUUGUCCACUGACAUAAGUAUUGGAUCCCCUUUCAAUUGGCAAGAUUUUUGGCUCCCAGGUGUCUUCUAUACAGGUAAGGAGCUGAGAUUAGGAGCACUCUCUUAAAGGGAGUGCUCCUAAUCUCAGUUUGUUACCUGUAUAAAAGACACCUGUCCACAGAAGCAAUCAAUCAAUCAGAUUCCAAACUCUCCACCAUGGCAAGACCAAAGAGCUGUCCAAGGAUGUCAGGGACAAGAUUGUAGACCUACACAAGGCUGGAAUGAGGUACAAGACCAUCGCCAAGCAGCUCGGUGAGAAGGUGACAAUGAUGAUCAUGAGAACGAUGAGGAAUCAGCCCAGAACUACACGGGAGUAUCUUGUCAAUGAUCUCAAGGCAGCUGGGCCCAUAGUCACCAAGAAAACAAUUGGUAACACACUACGCCGUGAAGGACUGAAAUCCUGCAGCGCCUGCAAGGUCCCUCUGCUCAAGAAAGCACAUGUACAGCCCGUCUGAAUUUUGCCUAUGAUUCAGAGGAGAAAUGGGUGAAAUUAUUGUCAGAGGAGACCAAAAUCGAGCUCUUUAGCAUCAACUUAACUCGCUGUGUUUGGAGGAGGAGGAAUGCUGCCUAUGACCCCAAGAACACCAUCCCCACAGUCAAACAUGGAGGUGGAAACAUUAUGCUUUGGGGGUGUUUUUCUGCUAAGGGGACAGGACAACUGCACUGCGUCAAAGGGACGAUGGAUGGGGCCAUGUACCGUCAGGGCCAGGGCAUUGAAAAUGGGUCGUGGAUGGGUAUUCCAGCAUGACAAUGACCCAAAACACAUGGCCAAGGCAACAAAGGACUGGCUCAAGAAGAAACACAUUAAGGUCCUGGAGUGGCCUAACCAGUCUCCAGACCUUAAUCCCAUAGAAAAUCUGUGGAGGGAGCUGAAGGUUCAAGUUUCCAAACAUCAGCCUUGAAGAGGAUCUGCAAAGAGGAGUGGGACAAAAUCCCUCCUGAGAUGUGUGCAAACCUGGUGGCCAACUACAAGAAAUGUGUGACCUCUGUGAUUGCCAACAGGGGUUUUGCCACCAAGUACUAAGUCAUGUUUUGUCAAGGGGUCAAAUACUCAUUUCACUCAUUAAAAUGUAAAUCAAUUUAUAACUUUUUUUAAAUGCGUUUUUCUGGAUUUGUUGUUGUUGUUAUUCUGUCUCUCACUGUUCAAAUAAACCUACUAUUAAAAUUAUAGACUGAUAAUUUCUUUGUCAGUAGGCAAACGUACAAAAUCAGAAGGGGAUCAAAUAAUUUUUCCCCACUGUAAAUUUAGAUGGCUGGAACAAUAAGGAUAAGAAAUUACUGUUAAUUCAACUGGUGGCUAGUAAAAAAGUAAUUACUAAAAAAAGCCAGAGUCACCCACAGUUGAAGAGUAAAUUGAUACAAUACACAUUAUAUAUGUGAUGGAAAAUCUUUUUCAUUGAGAACUCCGAUAGAAGACUUUUUUCUAAUUUGGAAUAAAUGGAUAGAUUAUAUUAAACCGGUACGCCCAGAUUUUUCUUGCAUUGUAACAGUUAUUUUAAGGCAGUGUUUCCCCUAGUGGUCCGUGGCGUAAUUGCAGGGGGUCCGUAUGAUCAGUAAAAAAAAUAAAUAAAUAGCAAUAAUAAUAAAAAAACACUUAAUUUUAUCUAAUAGUAGCCAACUUAAAGUGGACUACAAGUUUUGCUCUACAAUUAAACGAUUAAACAAUUAAACUGACAUUAGUGGCGAAUCAUAAUUGGUUGCAUUUGUUCGCUACAAGGACACGGACGAUAUCAGUGAACAUAUACUAUUCUGUAAGCCAAUGCUGGGCAAAACCACCGAUGAGGACAUUUUUUAUGUUGUGGACUCUUUUUUCAUGCAACACUCGUUGGAUUGGCAGAUGUGCUCACACAUACGCACGGACGGAGCAGCAUCAAUGAUGGGGCGGAUCCAUGGAUUCGUCUCACGUGUGAAGCAGGUACACCCCAGCAUCAAAACAAUGCACUGGCAUAAUUCACAGGGAAGCUUUAGCUUCAAAAUUAUUGAGCCCGAAAUUAAACGAAGUCCUUAAUGACGCUGUUAAAAUCAUUAACUUCAUCAAAUCCUGACCUCUGAAUGCCAGACUUUAAAAAACUGCGAAGAACGUGGGCACUGAGCACCAUCAAUUACUGCUUCACACUGACGUACGCUGGCUCUCGAGAGGAAAAACACUUCAGAGACUGUCUGAAUUACGGGGAGCAAGUUGGCAAUUUUUUUCUCUGAGCAUUUGCAACCACUUGCAGCACUGCUGAAAGAUUUCAACUGGCUGGCCCACUUAGCUCACCUGGCGGAUAUUUUCAGCUGGCUGAAUUGAACUUGGAACUACAAGGUGCAGACACAUCUGUCUUACACAUGUAUGAUCGAGUUUCCGGUUUCAAGAAUAAAAAAGACCUCUGGAGAAGGAAGUCAGGAUGGGGAUCUCAGCAGCUUUCCUCAGCUUAACAGGUGCAUUUUAAAUGGUGGAGCUGAUAAAGUCAGCACUCUACAGACAGUACAGGCACACAUGAGCAAACUUUCCUCUGAGUUCAAGUCAUAUUUUCCAAACAUUGAGGUUCAGAAUUCUGAACUUGACUGGAUAAGGAACCCUUUUGUUGCAACCAGCAUUGAGACCGCUCCUGUUAGUCUUCAGGAACGUCUUAUAGAUUUGUCCUCAGAUGGGGGUUUGAAGAUGAUGUUUUCAGAGACUCCACAGACAAAGUUUUGGUGCAGUGUUGAGAAAGAAUACCCUGAUGUAGGGAAAUGUGCUCUGUAUGAACUUCUGCCUUUUGGAUCAACCUAUUUGUGUGAGGUCACAUUUUCAGCCAUGGCGAACAUAAAGACAAAACAGAAACAGACUCAACCUGGAAAGAAGUCUGAUUGCUGCUGUUGCCACACUUCACCCCAGAAUGCAAAAUCUUAUUUGUGAUAAACAAGUGCUACUAUGAUGGUUUAAUAUAUGAUAGGGGUCCAGUCUUCAAAAAAG